AUAGCAGCAGCAAGGCUGGCAAACAGGGCUGGGCACAGACAGCAAGAGUUUCCAACCUCCCAAGGCAUUUAGGCUGUUAUUCUUCUGCGCUGUUCCUUCUUCUGAACAAUACAUGUAAGAGAUGCAGCCUGAAAAGUCAAAGAAAUUCUGUGCUUCAAAAAUGACUCACACACGCAACCUGGCACCUAGUUUCAAACAAAUGGACACGCUGAGUUCAAUUGAGGCAGAGUACAUAAAGAAUCUGCAGAAAGAAGUCUACCUACUGGAACUUGAGACAUCAUUUCUAAGAGAGCAGGCUAAAAAGGCUACCAGUAUUCAACCAAAAAUCAGCACUCAAGCGGAAAAAGUGUUGCAGAAGAUGAAGGAGUUACAGUCAGAAAUAAAUACUGCUCAGCUGGAACUUGGAAAGAAAGAGAACAGCACCAAGUUGUUUGAUGCAGAAAAUCAAGCCAUGCAUAAACAUCUGCAAACUCUAUCAGAUGCCAAUACUAGAGAAAAGCUAUUAUUAAUGGAGGAUGUUAUAAAGCUGAAGAAUCUUGCUGAGAUUGUCAUUCAGGACAUUUCACACAAAGAAGCAGAACUACUAGGAGUCCAGCAAGAGCUACAGAGGGCCAUGAAUUCCAUAAAAGAAAGAGAGCAUAAUCUCCAUCAUUUGGAAAACCAACUCCACCGGCAGAUUCAGCAACACCAGAGUAUGGAAGCAAAGCUUGUGGAAAAUAGAUCAGAAUGCGUAAGAGUGCAGGCGUUGCUUCUCCAGCUGGAGGAGAAAUACUUCACUAGCUCCCAGUCCAUGGAGCAGCAUAUUGCUAAAGAACUUCGUGAGGAAGCUGAAAAACUACGACAGCAGCUCAAAGAAAAAGAACUUUCUGCUGAUGAGGAUAAAUAUUUACGUAACAAAAUGGCAGAAGACUGUGGAUAUCUGACAAAACAAAAUGGCCUCUUACAGUCUCAAGUUCUGGAAGCCACCAGGCAGCUGGAUAGAGAGAAGCAGCUGAGAGAGGAUGAAAGCACCUGCCAUACAAGGAGGAUUUCUGAACUAGCCUGUGAAAAGGAGAAAGAACGACAACUUGAGAUGGAGCUCACUUACCUGAACAGACUAUUGCAGGAUGAAAGACAGAAGGUUCUUACUGCACAAGAGCAGGUACUACGUCUCCAGCAAGGAAGGAAAUCUGUAAAUCUAAAUGGACAGUCACUUCAGAGCCAGCAAAAAGAUUUAGAAAGGAGAUGGUCAAGAGCUCAACUGGAAAAUUCGAAACUGCGAACAGAAAAAACUCAUUUAGUAGAACAUAUUUCUCAGUUACAUAAACAGAUUUCGGAGAAAGAAGAUGAAAUCCGUCGCAUGCAUGGACAUGUUAGUACUAUGUCCUAUGACCUGAAUAGUCUGAAAUCUCAAGUGGAAACAGAGCAUAGCUUGCAGAGAGAAAGAUGGAAAGAGUUCUCCAAUAUUCUAACAGCAUACAAGUCACCUGCUAAAUAAGCUCUAUUUCGGGAAGGAGUUACUGAAAGUGAGCUAACCUAAUAAUUUUAAAAAUGAAAUGGACACUAACAAUUAGUUUCUUAAAUUCCCAUUGUAAAAAAGAGCAUGUCCUGAGGCACCUAAAUAAAGCAUACUGCUCUUCAAGAA